AUGCCGUCCUCAGAAUCAGUCUCCGCAUCAUCCACCUCGUCCCUACGUUUGCGCUAUAUCAACGCAAAAACAGCCCAACAAAUCGACCAAGAACUCAUGUCCCCCACUGGUGGAUUCUCCAUCGACCAACUCAUGGAACUCGCAGGUUUAUCCUGUGCUCAAGCCGUCUUCGAAUGCUACCCACCCACCAAAUACCCCAACGUCCUCGUCGCUUGCGGACCAGGCAAUCAAGGAGGAGACGGUCUCGUCGCUGCUCGACACCUCUACCACUUCGGCUACGAACCUUCGGUAUGGUACCCAAAAACAGGCAAAACAGAACUCUUCUCUCGACUCAAAGUUCAACUUCAAACCCUGGGUCUUCAUUUUGUUGCACAAGAUGACUUUCAAGAUGCGCUUGAAGAAGCUGAUGUUGUGUUGGACAGCAUCUUUGGGUUCAGCUUUUCAGGGGAAGUGAGGGAACCUUUCAAAGCACCGCUGGAGAAUCUUAGGUACGAAUCGAGGAUCGAAUUUGAGGCGAGAAAGAAGAUGCCUCCGAUUGUUUCGGUGGAUAUUCCCAGUUCGUGGGAUGUAGAGAAGGGAAAUGUGAACAAGACUUUUACUCCGAGUGUGUUGGUCAGCUUGUCAGCACCCAAGUUGGGAGCGGUACAGUUUGGUGGGAGACAUUUUUUGGGUGGUAGGUUCUUGCCAGAGAAUUUAGAGGCAAAGUUUGAUCUGCAGUUGCCGGAUUAUCCUGGUACGGAACAGGUGGUGGAGAUUACUGGUGCGAAACCAUUGGAAUCUCAGGAACAGGAGAUUGUACAACAACAACAACAGCAGCAGCAGUAA